UGGGAACACAGCUGUGUCUGCUUUAUCCCCUGUAUAUAGUGCCAGCGCUGCGUCCGCAAAUGGCGGCAUAGAGGCAAUCAGUAAAUAGUAAAUGAAUCGAACCUCAAGAGACAGAUUCUGAAGUGGAAUGUGAUGACACACUCCUGUAAUCCUAGCACCUGGGAGGUAGAGGCAAGAGGAACAGGAGUUCAAGGUCAUCCUCAGCUACAUAGCAAGAUUGAGGCCAGCCUGAACUACAUGAGACACUACCUUUACAAAGCAAAACAGGAUGGAUGUAUUUCUGGAGAAUCUUCUGUGCAGGCAACCUGGAUGGCCUACGAUAUGGUGGUCAUGCGUACCAACCCCACACUAGCAGAGUCCAUGCGCCGGCUGGAGGAUGCCUUCCUCAACUGCAAAGAGGAGAUGGAGAAGAACUGGCAAGAGCUGCUCACCGAGACCAAACGCAAGCAGUGAGCCACCACAGUCACCAGCCUGAGUGCAGAAGCCAGGGGCGUGGGCCAGGAGGCCCAGAUGUGUAGCUGUGUGCGCAGUACUUGUUUCUCAAUAAACUUAUUUUCAAGCAAAA